AUGGGAGAGUCAAUACGCUACUGCAAGGAGAUGUGUCUGGUGGCUCCUGAGUCUCCGUCUGAACAGGCCAGGAGAGUCUUCCAAACCUUCGACCCAGAAGAUAACGGCUUUAUUCCAGACUCUCUGUUGGAGGAGGUGAUGAAGGCACUAGACCUCGUCUCAGAACCCGAAUACUAUGUGAGUCUGAUGAAGAGUAAGUUGGAUCCAGAGGGCUUGGGGAUCGUGCUGCUGGCUCCGUUCCUCCUGGAGUUCUUCCCUGAUCAGGAUACUGGAAUCCCAGACUCCUUCCCUGUCUACCACUACAAUGGCCUGAAACAGUCCAACCACAACGAGAGGGUGGAGUAUGUGCAGGGUACAGCCCUGGUCCUGGGCUUUGAGGAUCCCAUGGUGAGGACAGACGACACUCCAGUGAAACGCUGCCUCCAGACCAAGUGGCCCUACAUAGAACUGCUGUGGACUACUGAACGCUCUCCUUCACUUAACUAACUCACUGCUAAGGUGGUAGAGAACUGACUGAUCCCUACAGGAAAGAAGGCCACAAAGACUGAGACACACACACACACACAGAGUACAUGUACACCUCUGCACGCACACACACAGGAAUUUGCUCACUUUCCUGGGCUGGACAAAAACACACACAGAACAUAUAAGCCACUACAGACACUUGUUUACUGUUAAUGCUGUUAUGUUUUACAUGACUGUAAAUUGAGUCACAGGAUGUUUUUGGUUUGUCGUAAAAAGCUGAAUGACUUAUUGUCACCCUAUAGAUUACUUGUCUCUGUUUUAUG